GGUACAAAUUGUCACAUUCCUGCACGACCCCCGAAAAUAAUGACGUUUUACUCAAAAUAAACUUCUAAGUUCUACUUUUGGCGUAUGAUGUCUUCUCAUAUUAGAAGCUCAGCUGCACAAGGAAAGAAAAAGGUUCAGGUAUCGUUUGUAAUAAGAGAUGAAAUUGAAAAGUACAAUCGAUCAGGGGUAAAUGCUCUUCAGUAUGACCCAGCUUUACGAAGACUCUACUCAGCCGGACGAGAUUCCAUCAUACGAAUAUGGAACACUCAAACAAACAAGGAUCCUUAUAUCUUAUCUAUGGAGCAUCACAAUGACUGGGUAAAUGACAUCAUCUUGUGCUGUGGAGGAAGAACUUUGAUAUCUGCAUCCAGUGACACCACAGUAAAAGUAUGGAAUGCACACAGGGGAUUUUGUAUGUCAACUCUUCGAACACACAAUGACUAUGUCAAAUGUCUGGCUUAUGCGAAGGACAAAGAACAGGCAGCCUCAGCGGGUUUAGACAGUGCAAUAUUUCUGUGGGACGUCAACACCCUGACCGCUCUCACCACCUCCAACAACACCGUCACAACCUCAAAUCUCCACGAGAACAAGCACUCCAUCUACAGUUUAGCUAUGAAUCCUCCAGGGACCGUCAUUGUCUCUGGUUCAACAGAAAAAGCACUGAGAGUUUGGGACCCAAGGACAUGUCAAAAAAUAAUGAAACUGAAAGGACACACUGAUAAUGUCAAAGCCCUUGUAUUGAACAGAGAUGGAACACAGUGUUUAUCAGGUAGUUCUGAUGGAACGAUUCGUCUCUGGUCAUUAGGGCAACAGAGAUGUGUGGCAACUUUCCGAGUCCAUAAUGAGGGAGUAUGGGCAUUACAGGCCAAUGAAGCGUUCACCACGGUGUACUCGGGCGGUCGAGACAGGCGAAUCUGGGCCACAGACAUACGCAAUCCUGAUUACCGAACACUUAUUUGUGAGGAAAAAGCACCCAUCCUGAAGUUGGAAUUGACACAAGGAAAUACAGACAAUGCCUCUUUAUGGGUCUCCACAACAGAUUCGUGUAUAAAGAAUUGGUCACUACAGAAAGUUCAGAACAGAAUGUCGGGAGACUAUGACAACGACAACAUCAAGCCAGCAUACACACAACCAGAUUAUACCAUUAAAGGUGGACCUAGCAUUCGACAGUAUUAUGUUUUAAAUGAUAAGUGUCACAUACUCACCAAAGAUACAGACGACCAUGUAGCAGUGUGGAAUGUACUGUGUGCUAGGCAGGUGGAAAAUCUAGGUAAAGUGAACUUUGAGGAGGAGAUAAAGAAAAGGUUUAAGAUGGUUUAUGUACCAAACUGGUUCACUGUGGAUCUGAAAACCGGGUUACUAACCAUUCACCUGGAUGAAUCCGACUGUUUUUCUGCCUGGGUAUCAGCAAAGGAGCUGGGCAUAAAACCAUCAGCAGAGGGAGUAGAUAACAAAUUAAAUAUAGGUCAACAACUUUUACAAGCACUGUUGGAACACUGGCCGAAGACCCACAUGUAUGAAAAUCAAGAUGGCAUGAUGGAUGGAGCUGACACUCAGCUGUUCUCUGUACCUGACCACACACCUGUGAUAUUUUGUGAAUCAGAUGGACGAGCCUUGUAUCGAUUUCUUUGUCGAGAUGCAGCUGGUGAAACGGAACAAAAUUAUCUCAAUGAACUGGUGCCAUCCUGGGCAGUAGAGGUUGUCGUUCAUAGGAAUGCACCUAAAUCAAACAAGAUAGCAUUCUUUCUUCAACCUCAUCCUAGCACAGGCAUCAAAAUGAUUAAAAAGGAUCGUUUAUCAGCAAGUGACAUGAUACAGGUCAAGAAGGUUAUUGAGCAUGUGUAUGAGAGGGUGCUGGGGCAGGGAACUGAGAAUGGGCACCAAUCAAAUGAAGGUGGUGACCAUGAAAAAGAGCACCAUGAUGUCAGUUCUAUUGCAGCAGAAAAAGUGGAGCUUUUGUGCAAUGAUCAGGUUCUUGACGCUAAUAUGGAUCUACGGACAGUGAAACAUUUCAUUUGGAAACAGAGUGGAGAUUUAACAUUACAUUAUAGAUUACUAACUAGAUGAUCAAGGCCUGUAUACUUGGAAAAUACUGAAUGUUUUUACUAUACAUAGGGACAUUGUUGUAAAAUUGCAGACUUUCCCUCUCAGAAACAUGAGUUUAUCAUGUGAUCUAUUGUGAUCCAUCUCGGUCUAUUGUUGUGCCUACACUAUACAAACAAAUUUAACCAAAUUUGGUAUACAUGCAGAAUCUAUGGGUAUAUGGGAACAAAUCAGAAUUCAAGGUCCUUUUCCCCAGAUGGUAUUGUCAUUAUUGGGGAAAACCUUUGAAAAAAAAUGCAAUUUUUCCAAGAAAUCUCUAUUCCAAAACUCUUGUUCGCCUCAGAUAUUUCGUUAUUCACUUAGGUGUGCAAAUGGGAUACAAAAGCUGAUCUAGUGAAAAAACAUGUUUUAUGAACUAUGAUGUUGAAGUUACUGGAAGUUGAAGUUACUGGAUGAAGGGAGUUAAUUAAAUUACUGUAAAUGAGUGAAUAUAUAUAUAUAUAUAUAUAUAUAAAGCGCUAGAUUCCAACAACACCCGUUAGUAUAGUAGUAUAUACACACACAAUUCAAAACAUUUUAUUAAAAUCGUAUGAUACUUUUCUUCAGCGAGAAUAACUUGUUUUGUCUCUGAAAUCUGAUGGUCAAGGGACCAGUAUAAGAGAUCUGUGAAUUGGCAUAUAGCAUUUAUUUAACUAUGAUUUUUUUCCCCUUAGAUACUUUUAUUCAUUGUCUGACAAACAGAACCAAAUCAAUGUAUUUAUUGAAGUGAUGAAAACAAUGUUUGAUAUGAUUGUUUGACAUUUGUAAGAACACAGUUUAGAUGGUUGUAAGAUUUAUGUGAUCUUACAUGUAUGUUGUUUUUGUUACAAAAUCCAAUGUUUUGUUGUGUGAUUUUCAUUUUUAAUCAUGAUGCAAUGUCUCCUUGCUAAGAGAGAUAAUUUUGUGUAAAUGAAAACUUUUUCGUCUCAUUCUAUGAAUAUAGGAUUUUAAGGAAAAUUAUUGUUAAAGGAAAAUUAUGUACAUGUAUCAGUAUGCAGAAGGGAAUUAUACCAUAAUUGCACGGUUUCAUUUUGUUCAAAUCAUGUGCCAGGUGCAAUUUUAAAAAUGAAGUUGAUUUACAUCUUUGCAUUGUUCAGUGUAUAAAUCUGUUAUACUAUCAUUAUUAAAUCAUAGACAAAUGACA